GCAGAAUUUAAUUCGGAAUCAAAUGGUGAUACUUUUAUUCUCCGACAAUACUUAGGAAGAAAUUUUACCGACACCUUUGUUUUCUUCUAAAUAGGACAAGAAAAACCAGAUAGAAUUUUCUCAAAGUAUUGCUGGGAAAUAAAAGUAUUACCACCCGAUCCAGAAUUAAAUUCUGCAUCGAAUGGUCUGGGUUUUAUGGGCCGGUAA